UGGUUGGCAUUUUUCUCUGAGUGCUUGAGUGACUUUAGAAACAUCAUCGCAAUUGUGAUCGAUUAUGUUCUGAUUUUAUUUUAUUUAUUGGAGAUUGUCACGCCUUAUAACUUUCAUUUUCCAAGCAUCUUACGUCGAGCCAUCCUAGAAACCUCUGUGAUAAGCGGUUAAUUUGUUGGCUUCGUUUGUUUAUUAUACUCGAUCAAAACAACUUGAAAUGGCAGCAGAGUGUGUUACUCGAGUCGAGUUGCACAUCUCUUGUAGAGGUUUACUUGACAAGGACACAACUUCAAAAUCCGACCCAUUAUGUGCUAUGUAUAUUCAAGAUUCACAUGGAAAGUGGGUUGAGCAUGCUAGGACUGAAAAAGUCCAGAAUAACCUGAACCCAGAUUUUGCGCAAGGAAUUGUGCUGGACUACUAUUUCGAGAUGGUACAGAAACUGAAGUUUGCAGUGUACGAUGUGGAUAACGCGACCAGUUCACUGGGGGAUGAUGAUUUUUUGGGCGACAUGGAGUGUAAUCUUGGGCAGGUGGUUUCAAAGAAAUCCUUUGCCAGUGCAUUACAAAUCAAGGGAAGAAAAGUAGGAGCCAUUACAGUGUAUGCAGAAGAAUUAAAAGGUGGAAAUGAAGUAGUUCAACUUACAUUCAGGGCAACAAACCUAGACAAAAAGGACUUUUUGGGCAAGUCUGAUCCCUUUUUACAAUUGUCCAAACUGAAAAGUGAUGGUGAAACUUUGCUUGUUCAUCGCACUGAGGUUAUCAAGAACAACCUCAAUCCUUCAUGGAAGUCAUUUGACAUCUCACUUUCAACUCUGUGUGGAGGAGACUAUGAUGCACCUAUUAGGAUUGGCUGUUAUGACUGGGAUGAAGAUGACACUAAUGAUUUGAUUGGUUGUGUGGACAUCACUCUUCGAUCUCUGAUUGACAGUAAAGAGUCAGGGAAAGGACUUGACUUGGUCAAUGCCAAGAAGAAACAGAAGAAGAAAGGCUAUGUGAACUCUGGAGUACUGUACGUGGCUCAAUGCAAUAUAACCAAAAUUCACACAUUCUUGGACUUUGUCAUGGGAGGAUGUCAAAUUAACUUUACUGUUGGUAUUGACUUUACAGCAUCCAAUGGUGAUCCACGCCUGGCCCAGUCUCUUCAUUAUUUGAACCCUCAUGAGCCCAAUGAGUACGUCAAGGCUCUGAUAGCUGUUGGUGAAGUUUGUCAAGACUAUGAUACUGAUAAAUUUUUCCCAGCGCUAGGAUUUGGUGCCAAAAUACCCCCGGGCAUGCAGGUUUCCCAUGAGUUUCCUUUGAACUUUAAUCCAACAAAUCCAUAUUGUCAUGGUAUCCAAGAAAUUGUUCUUGCAUAUCAGAAUUGCAUUCGCCAAGUGCAGCUAUAUGGACCAACUAAUGUCGCCCCGAUCAUCAAUCACGUGAUUAGAUUUGCCGAGCAAGCAGGCCAGGAAAACACAGCAUCGCAAUACUAUGUGCUGCUUCUUUUGACGGAUGGCGUGUUAUCAGACAUGGAGGACACCAAGGCCGCCAUUGUGAAGGCUUCUCGCCUCCCCAUGUCGGUGAUUAUUGUUGGAGUUGGACAGGCGGACUUCAAGGACAUGGAUGAACUUGACGCUGAUGAAGGAAGGUUACGAUCUGGGCGUCAUUACGCAGAAAGAGACAUCGUUCAGUUUGUGCCUUUCAGGGAAUUCAAAUCGCAAUCUCCGGCAGUCCUGGCCAAACACGUGUUAGCAGAAAUCCCCAAACAAGUGCAGGAGUAUUUCAAUAAGCGUGGCCUCGCUCCCAUGCAGUCAAAAGGACCUCAACCACCCUACUUGGGAGGUCUGUAAUGAAAUAUCCAGUUCUCGCUCGUGCAAACCUUGUUUAGUGAACUCGCUUUAAUGCUCCGUUUGUUUAUGAAUUUUUAUUUUUAUUCAAAGUUGUUAAGACGGUUGUGACUUGCCUUAAAAGCUCUCCUAACCCCCCUCGGGGUAGGGGGGUGGGGGAGGGGAGUCAUUUUUUGUUCUGAUUUUUGGUCCAUAUUUAAAGAAGAUGAAACAUAGGAUGGAUUUUGUUUGAUUAAAAAUCUACGUUAUUAACGGAAACUACGCCAGGCUUUCAAAUACAAUUAUGUUUUCACUUAACUAAAAUGAAAGAAAAACGCACUGCUAUACUAGAGAAUUUAACAAGGUGGAAGAAAGCGAGAAGAUGAAGCUUAAAUAUUCUAACAGGGGAGGGGAGGGGAGGGCGUAACAGGAAAGGGAGCUAUUUGGAGCAUUUACGAUGUCCAAUAAUCGUUACCCAAAUGUAGCCGUAGGCGUUGUUCGUUAUUUGCGCAGUUUGUUAUACGUCAGUAUGCAUUGCUUAUAAACUUUGAGAUUUGUGAUGUUCGUUUCUCAGUAGCUGGACUACAACAGAUGUUUGUUUUCAUCGCAGUUUAAUUUUUUUUCAGAGCUGUACACUUAUUUUACAAAUUUCUGUACAUCGCAAGCCAUUAUUUUUAUAGCAGUCGUGUGUAACUGUGUAACGAGCACUGUGUGUAACGAGCACACUGUGUCACGAGCAGCCUAAGGUGGCUACAUGUUGUCUACGAUAAUGGAGAACCUAAGUUCGUUUCACCAAAAAGGUUUCACGAGAAUUAAUUUUCCUGGCUAGAUUUGCCAGUGCUAAGCUUAAAUUAUCAACCUGUUAGUCUUACAUUGAAGUGGUAUUUGUUUGGCUUAUAAAUACUCAAAACUGUUCCACAGAAACAAAAUAGCACCGAGUAAUACAUUAAAUUAUUGGCUGAAUGUUUUACACGGGAAAAUCAGCGAGCGAGCGAGACUUAAACGCGCGUGAAAGUCAUCAGCGAGCGAGCGAGACUUAAACGCACGUGAAAGUCAUCCUGGAGUCUGCUUUUUCUCUGUUUUUCGCAUGUUACUUAAGCUUAUUUGCCAUGUAGUCUCUGUUAUGCAUAUGAUAGUUAGAAUUUUGCGAUGUAUUAUCUUUUGUACGUCAAAAUGAUUCUUUUGAGAAUAAAAAUGGCGUGAAGACUACUUU